AUGAAUCCGUUUGGUCAUGGAUUCGGACCUGUUUCAACUAAAAUGUGGGGUGCCUUUGUCAAAAAUCAAUCAGCUCGAGGCCUUGACAAUAACAUAACCAAUAGGUUACGAUCGCUAUUAGAACAAAAUAGGCAAUUAGAAGAUAUCCACGAAGAAAAGAAUAUGAUGCGCUAUAAAACCGAAGAUGUAAAACUAGGAAAAGCGGCUGUUAGCAAUACCAUGUACGGAUUUUACAGUAUGAAAUCCAUAUUGACGCCAAUUAUAGGAGCAACUUCGGAAGAAUAUGAUAAGAUGAUCGAUGUAUUUGGCAAAGAGUUAGAAGAUAAUGACAGCUAUCUCGACCUUUCUCGCGUUUAUGGGCGUAAGAAGGAAAAUAUUUAA